UAAUGUUUACACCAGUCGAGUAAUACAUGCCAGAAUCACACAGGACUUAACAUGGGCUCCUUGAACACAAGGUGGAAAAUCACAAUUUUAACAGCAUUUCUGUUGGUUCUGAAGGCUGAAGCACUGCCGACAUAUUAUGAUGAUGGGAGUGAUGUGGAUGCAGGGGAGCUGAGAGAAGACAUUCCCGAAAUUAAUUUAGAAUCAUCAAGAGAUCUCUUCCAAGGAGAUAUUGCCGUAGAUCCCAGAAGAAAUGCCAUUCUGGAUGGCAACUGGAAGUUCCCUAUCCCUUACAUCCUGACAGAUUCUUUGGAGCUGAAUGCCAAAGGUGUGAUCUUGCAAGCAUUUGAGAUGUAUCGGCUCAAGUCCUGCGUUGACUUCAAGCCUUAUGAAGGCGAGAGCACUUACAUCUCUUUCACUAAGCUGGACGGGUGCUGGUCUUUUGUGGGCGACUUUGGGACAGGCCAAAACCUGUCCAUCGGGGCCAGGUGUGACACCAGAGCCAUUGUUGAGCACGAGCUCCUCCAUGCCCUCGGCUUCUACCAUGAGCAGUCGCGGUCUGACCGUGAUGAUUACGUCAAAAUACACUGGGACGAAAUCCUGGAGGGGAGAGAGCACAAUUUUAACAAGUACGAGGAUGACUUCAUCACGGACUUGAACACGCCAUAUGAUUAUGAGUCCAUCAUGCACUACCGCCCCCUUUCCUUCAACAAGAAUCCCAACGUUCCCACCAUCACCACGGCAAUCCCUGCUUUCAACAAUGUGAUAGGCCAGCGGCUGGACUUCAGCGCAGUCGACCUGGAGAGACUGAACCGCAAGUAUGAAUGCGCCGCUCCUCUGACUCUGCUGGACCAGUGCUCUUUUGAGCAGAUCAACAUCUGUGGGAUGAUUCAGAACGAGCAGGACAACGGGGACUGGGUCCAGACCCCCAGCACCACUGGCAAUAAUGACCACACCCUGGGCGGCCAGUGCAGAGAUGCCGGACUGUUUAUGCACUUCGACACGUCAAAGUCUGCAUUAGGGAAGAGUGCUCUGCUGGAGUCUCGGAUCCUGUACCCCCGCAGGAGCCACCAGUGCCUGCAGUUCUUCUACAGGAUGACCGGGGCUGCCGGAGACCGCCUGGUCAUCUGGCUGAGGAUGGACGACAGCACGGGGAACCCUCGCAAAGUGAUUAAAGUGCACACCAUCACAGGUGAUGGGAAUGAUUCCUGGAAGAUUGCUCACGUGCCUCUGAGCACCGGCGAGAAGUUCCGUUACUUUUUCCAGGGCACGGCGGGAGUUGAGAACCAGGUUUCGAGUGGCAUCUCCAUCGACGACAUCACUCUGUCGGAGACGCCGUGCCCCGGCGCCGUAUGGCAGAUCAGCGGCUUCAGCAACAUCCUCGCCUCCACGCCAGUUGGCACCGGCAUCCGCAGCGGCCGCUUCUACAACUCUGAGGGCUACGGGUACGGGUUCACCGUUUACCCCAAAGGCCGAAGCGCAGACUCUGCUGAAUACGUUGGAGUGACCAUUCACCUUUACAGUGGUGAGAAUGAUGGCGUGUUGGAGUGGCCGGCCGUGAACAGACAGGUCACCAUCACUGCCAUGGACCAAGACCCGGAUGCCACGUUGCGGAUGUCCAACAGCCGCAGCUUCACCUCUGAUUCCAGCAUCACUUGGAACAGGCCAGUGGCUGCGAAUGGUACCUGGGACACAGCCUGCUCCUGCUACAGGGGACCGGAGAUAGGCUGGGGCACCUUCAUCUCCCACCUGCAGCUGCACAGGAGGAGCUUCCUGAAGAACGACGACCUUAUCAUCAUGGUUGACUUUGAUGACCUGACUCACUUGCUGAAGACCGAGGUGCCGGUGGUGGCCUCAGCCAAGGAGGAGAGGCCGCUGGACGAGAAGGAGCCGCUCCCGCCCAAUGAGAUUGCAGCACAAGAGGGCCGACCCAGAGAGGCGCGCGCCGCCACCCAGUCCUGCUCCCCCAACCCCUGUCUGAACGGAGGAGUGUGUGUGGAGAAAGAGGGCCAGGCCACCUGCAGGUGUGCGUCUGGGCGAUCCACUUUCUAUUCAGGUGACAUGUGUGAAACUCGGCAGGUUGCAGGAUCUGUUGUGGGGGUUCUGGUUGGAGGAGUAGUGGGCUCCAUGGUUCUACUUAUGGCCAUCUUUGCAGUUAUUCGUCAGAGGGAUUAAAACUGAGAUGCCGGAUGUGUUAUUUUUUUUUUUUAACCUUCUGUCUCUCAUUCACAAUGAGUCGCAUGUUUUUUUCAAGGCAAAUAAUGUCUCAGAGGCAGUAAAUGUUAUGACUACUACCAACUAUGCAGUGUUGCCGUUCUUCGAAGGAUGCAUUAAAAAAUAUAUUUAUAUCUACAUAAUGUUUAUGGUACCAUUUGUACUAAUCAAAGCUUUUUGUGUGAAAUAUUUAGACAUUUCCUUUCAUUUUAACUUUGUUGUUUUAAACUAUUCUGAUAUUAUUCCCCUGUUUUCAGAAGUAGAAUACUGUAUAAAAAUGUAUGAACCUCUUAAAAUAUUUAACAGUAUUUUGUAAUGUUACACUGCUGGGUUCCAUUCCUGAUUAUAGAAAAAGCACAUGAAAAAAGUUGUCCAUUCAUUUAUUCAAACAGAAAACAUAUAGUACACAUAAAGCUACAGUACACUAACUACA